AUGCAAACUUCGGAUAGACCAACAGAGAUAUGUACUAAUCAAUUAUUAUCUAUACCUAUUGAUGGUCGAUGGAUAUGGGAUGAAAAGAGAAAAGAACUUGUUUAUGAAAGUCGUAAUCGAAUGCAUGAUAAUGAAAAAUCAAGUUCAAAUGAAUUAUUAAAAAUUGAUCUAAGAUCUGGUUCAAUUCAUUAUCGAAAACAAAAUCGACCUUUACAAUAUAUUAUUAAAACAAAAGAUAAUAAGAAAAUUACACUUGGUGAUGUUAUUCGUUAAGAUCGUUCACAAAUGGAAAAAAAUCGUAUUCGUAUUGCAUAUGCUAAUUUACUUGCUUGUCUACGUGAACUUGGUUGUAAAUAUGCUAUUUUAUUAUUAGGUAUUAAUCUAAAAGAUUUUCAUCAUAUGCGUAAUGGCGAUCUUUUUUAUUCAUGUACAUAUAUUGAUCGAACUAUAUAUGAAUCUCUUUUUAUUUUUUCAACAUAUUUUACUUGGAUUACAUUUUAUCGACAAAAUUUUGAUUUAAUUCGAAAUGAAUUAGCUCGAUUAUUUCGAGCUGAUGGUGAUGUUGAAAUGCUUCAAAUUCCAAUGACAGAAAGUUUUGAAGGUCGAAUAAAAAAUCAUACAUUAACUAAUUCUGUAAAUCGACAUAAACUUAUUGAUUGCAAUGAAAUUUUUUCACAAUCAAUGGCUAAAAAGGCUGCAAUUACGAGAACUAGUGAAAUACAGAAUAAAAAAAUUUCUUUACAACGUACAAGUUCAAUGUUUUGGAAUUUCAAUAAAAUAUCUAGCGAAUCAAAUACAUGGAUUAAACCAAAUAUGUCAAAAAGACAAUUAAAAAGUGUUUUAACAAAAGAUUUCAAUGAGUUUGACUUUUUGAUUGUUAUCGAAAUUCUAUGCUAUUUAUCAAUAGUAGAAGAAUUCAAGAAAAACGAUGAGUUAUAUCCAUUUGAACUAGAUACGAAUUCACCUUAUUAUCGUCAAAGAGAAAAAUUAUUUAUUUCUCAACGUAAAAAUCGUAUGCGUGGUAUUUUAACAAAUCAAUUAAAAAGUCGAAAUCAAAGUCUUAUUGAAGAACAAUAUCGUCAUUUAAAGAAUUUUGAUUUAAUACGUUUGACAUUAAAACCCAAUAUGGAAAAUAAUAUAAACAUUCCUACAGAAUUUCUUGUGACAUUACCAGGUCAAAUAAGUACCACGACACUUCAUUAA